AGAAAGUAACCGGUUUGCGGUAAUCGCCGUUUUGAAUAGCUGAAGAAAUCCCCUGUGAUUUUCUUCUAACACAGUCAUUCUAACACCAGAAACGCAUUUAUCUUCCUUAAACAAUUAAAGAUGGACCCUCACCAGCGGGGCAUCCGAGAGUUUACCGGCGGAAGGACUCCCGGACCGAGAAGAGGCUUCUUUCGCGACGAGUCCGCAUUUGGCCUGUCUUUACCAGCGGCGUCCGGGCUGGGGCUUGCCCGGGCUCCGGCUUUCUCUGGUGAUGACACGGCGGUGCGGUCUCUAAGGAGGAUGCCAUGCCCACCCACGGGCCUUGGUCGUGCCAGGGGGUUACCAGUGCCCGCAGGGGACCCGGUCUCCGGGUGUGCCAGAGGGUUGAUCCUACCUUCAGAGGAGCCGCCCCUCCUGCUUGGCAGAGGUGUGACACUUCACGCUCAGAGAAGCGGCUUCAGCAGGGCAGUCGAGCUGGGCGCUCCAGCCGAAAGGCAAAGCCCACCAGUACACCAGCUUCCUCGUUUAGGUGGAGGCAGGGGCUUCCCAGCCCUUCGGGAUACACCUGGCUUGCAGGUGGCACAGGCGACCUCUCCACCCUCUGGACCGACCCUGGUGUCCAUGUUCCGAGGUAUUGGGAUAGAUCCUGUGGAAAAGACACCGUGGGGCAGGGGAGCUCCACAGGGGGUGAGUCGCGGUGCAUUUGGAGUUGUUGGAGCUGAGGUCAGGCCUGAACCAGCUCCUGCAGUUGCAGAAAAGGCUUCCAGGGGAGAUGAAAUUAAGGAGAAGGCAAUAGGGCGCAGCAGUUCCCUGGGACACAAAGAGCCAAGCUUUCAAAUGAUUGGGUUAGGACGAGCAACUUUAUCUUCACAUGGCUGGGGUAGAGCGUCCCCAACAUCUCCUGUCCUCAUGCUGCCUCCUCCCACUGCAACUAGUCCUGAUCCCCCAGUUCGAGAAGCCUGCAGGAAGCCAUCUCCUGCCCCUGUUCCAGUAGGGGAAGUUCAGAAGGAGGGGCCACAUGAGCCAUUGCUGAAGAAAGGUAUGAAGGGAAAUCCUUUGACCAUUGGCUCAAACCACAUCCCCAUCAGUUGCAAGAAUGAGGCUGUCUAUCAGUACCAUGUCACGUUCAGCCCUAAUGUGGAGGCCCGAAGCAUGCGGUUCGCCAUGUUGAAAGAACACCGCUCUGUCACGGGGGAUGUUGUAGCUUUUGACGGCACUAUUCUGUACCUCCCAGUAAAGCUGAAAGAGGAGAUACACUUGAAAAGCAAGAGAUUGACUGACAAUGAACAAAUUAGCAUCAAGAUUCAGAUGACAAAGAUCCUUCCACCCAACUCUGACCUGUGCCUCCCUUUCUACAAUGUGGUGUUAAGAAGGGUAAUGAAGAUCUUGGGACUAAAACUAGUGGGACGAAAUCAUUAUGACCCCCAAAAUGCGGUGGUGCUUGGAAAGCAUAGGUUACAAGUGUGGCCUGGCUACUCGGCCUGUUUCAAGCGCACUGACGGAGGGCUUUACUUGUCAGUGGAUGUGACCCACAAAGUGCUCCGCAAUGACUCUGUGCUGGACAUCAUGAACGUUGUGUACCAGCAGAGCAGGGAGAGCUUUCAGGAUGAGUGCACCAAAGAGCUGAUUGGCAGCAUUGUUAUGACACGGUACAACAACCGCACCUACAGAGUGGAUGACAUUGACUGGGCCAAGUCCCCAAAAGACAUGUUCACCAUGGCUGAUGGAUCACAAAUUACGUUCAUCGAUUACUACAGUAAACAUUAUGGCAUCACCAUCAAGGAGAUAGAUCAACCUCUUCUUGUGCAUCGCCCCAAAGAGAGGUCAACACCUGGAGGAAAGAUUAUCACUGGUGAGAUACUCCUCCUUCCUGAGCUUUCCUUUAUGACCGGGAUUCCUGAGAAGAUGAGGAAGGAUUUCCGAGCUAUGAAGGAUUUGACAAUGCAUAUCAGCUUGAGUGGGGAGCAGCAUACAAUCUCCUUAAAACAGCUCCUCCACAACAUUAACUCCAAUGAGGAGGCCUUGACAGAGCUCAGCCGUUGGGGUUUGGUAAUCAGUUCUGACAUCCUUGUGUGUGAAGGAAGGACACUGCCCCUUGAGACCAUCUUCCUGCAGUCUGCCUCCUUCGUGACGUCUCCGGAAAUAAGCUGGUCGAGGGAGGUGGUCCGGGACGCUUCUAUCAGCUCUGUUCCUCUGAACUGCUGGGCCAUCUUCUACCCACGGCGCUGCUCGGACCAGGCAGAGGAGUUGGUGACCACCUUCGGGAAAGUGGCCGGGCCCAUUGGGUUCAGAGUGGGCCGGCCCAUCCGCGUGGAGCUGAGGGAUGAUCGCACUGAGACCUACGUCAGGAGCAUCCACUCGCAGCUUGCCAUGGAGCCCAAUGUGCAGCUUGUGGUUUGCAUCCUCACUGGCAACAGAGAUGACCUCUACAGUGCCAUUAAAAAGGUCUGCUGUGUGCAGACUCCAGUGCCUUCUCAGGCUAUAAAUAUCAGGACCAUUUCUCAGCCUCAAAAACUGAGGAGCAUUGCCCAAAAGAUCCUGUUGCAGAUAAACUGUAAGCUAGGAGGGGAGCUUUGGAGUGUCAGUAUUCCCCUGAAACAGUUGAUGGUGAUUGGAGUUGAUGUACAUCAUGACCCCAGCAAGAAGAAACGGUCGGUCAUGGGUUUUGUGGCCAGUCUUAACAGCUCAUUAACCAGGUGGUAUUCAAAGGUGACCUUCCAAAUGCCCAAUGAAGAGGUUAUCAGUGGGUUCAGAAUCUGCUUUUUAGCUGGUUUGCAGAAAUAUUAUGAGAUAAAUCAUGGCCUCCCAGACAAGAUUGUGGUGUACCGAGAUGGGGUGUCAGAAGGACAGUUAAAGAUGGUGGAAAAUUAUGAGAUCCCUCAGCUCUUGAAGUGUUUUGAGACUUUCCCAAGUUAUGAACCGAAGCUGACGUUUAUUGUGGUUCAAAAGAAAAUCAGCACUGCGCUGUACUCCUUCUCUGGAGACCGGUUUAGUACUCCACCUCCUGGAACAAUUCUAGACCAUACUGUCACCAGUAAGGAUUGGGUUGAUUUCUAUUUACUGGCUCAUCAUAUUCGUCAGGGUUGCGGUUUGCCAACGCAUUAUGUCUCUGUGUACAAUACAGCCAAUCUCACCCCAGACCAUUUACAAAGAUUGACUUUUAAGAUGUGCCACAUGUACUGGAACUGGCCUGGAACUAUCAGAGUCCCUGCACCGUGCAAAUAUGCUCACAAACUGGCAUACCUGUCAGGACAGUACCUCCACGCUGAGCCAUCGGAACAGCUCUCAGACAAGCUGUUCUUCCUGUGAAUUGUCCUUUUUAAAAGAAGAAAACAUUAUUUUAAGAUGCUAGAGACUUCUACAUGCCAAUUCUUUCGAUGUAGAAUGGGUGUUCUUCUAAGAUAUGGUUGAGAAACUGCAGUUCUUGAGGAUCUGCAGUGUUCUCUGGCUUUUUUUCCUAUCCAAACUCCUCUGUUAACAGUAUGUCUAAUUACCUAAUUAACUGGAUUAACUAAACAGCAGCCCUUCCUGGUUUGAAAACAUUAUGGAGAUACGUAUUGUGACUGGGCCACUUCUUUUACAGUCUUAAUAAAACAAUCGAUUAGGGAAGUUUUCAACUGGAAAUAACCAUUGCACACUGCAGCCUUUCAGGAACAUGGGUUGCAACUUGCUUUAAAAAAAAACAUUGUGGUAUUUUUUUCCUUUUACUACUUAUGAUUGAGGCAUGUAAUCAUUGUUGAAGAGAUUACAGAAUCCUUAAUUCAAUUGGGUUCAUUAUUUUGUUAGAGUAUGCUUCAAGGAACAAGUUAGAAUGGUCAGAUGGCCUUGUCUUGUUCAUAAGUUUUCUUUUGGUUUAUACAGUAGAUCUGUAUAACUUAUCUUUGUUUUAUUGGUUUUAUCUUCUGGGUAGGUGGAGCACUGUUUUUACUUGUUUUGACUUCUAGCUCUGUUGAGCGCUCUCAUUUGUGUUUUUGAUUAAAAUACGUGGUUCAGAUUUCAUGGGAGAUAGAACCUUAUAACAAAAAUAUAAAUGAAGGGGCUGAAUCUCUAUGUGGUCUCAGUUGGUCAAAAAUGGCAACAAAAUAUUCACAGCAAUUUUAGAGCUAGACUGGCAUUAGUACUACUGCAGUAAAUGUCCUGAGUGAUUUGUUGGCACAAUAGAAUAAAGCCCAUAUUUCAGGCAUUCUCGACGACCAAUUCUCAGUCACCCAUCAUGUCAACUAAUUUGGUAAAAUUCCAAUUCCAAGCAGCAUUGCAUUCCAAUUAUGUGGUGGUUAUCAAUAUUUUAGUACUCUAUACAAAUUUAAUAGAUGGUUAAUAAAAACAGUAAAAAAACAUUAAAGCUGUGCGGACAGGUUAUUAAUGAAUUAUUAUGCAAGUUUAUAUGCAGAUAUUUUGUGGUGUUGAAAUCACUGGAAAGUAUUGCUGCUACGUACAUUUAAGAAGUCUAAAAAUACCAGAUUAUUAGUAUAUUACCACCAAAUGGGCUAGAUGGACCAAAUGGCCUCCUCUUGUUUGUAACAGUUCUUAUUUACUAUGUAUAAUACA